CCAACCUUCGCUGUGCUCAGUGGGCUGACCUUGUUGGCUGGAAGCCACGCCCGGCAUCUAAGAUCAUCAUAAGAAGCUCGACUCAGACUGUUUGUCUUUCUCCCCAGAGUUUUGGCCAGGAAAGACGUCCGUCUCUUUGUUUCUCUUUUCACUCGCUCCUCAGCUCAAAUGGAGAUGAACAAUGGUGCAAUCAAGGAGAUGGAUGUUGACCACAUACAUGAAGAGGAGACAAUUCUCCAGCUGGACUUGGAGACGGCGCUGGAGGAAUGUGACGUCGCCCUGCAUCUGUUUCUGAACAACCGGUUUGCAGACGCUUUGAGUUCACUGGAGCCGCGAAAGAGCCACAGUAUGUAUCAUGCUAUGGGCUACAGCAGCAUCUUACUGAUGCAGGCUGCUAUGACCUUUGACCCCAAGGACAUGGAUGUUGCCAUGGCGUCACUGAAGGAAGCUCUGCACACCUGCCAGAGAUUUAGGAGAAAAACUGGAAUAAUGGAGAGCUUAGCCAGCUUUUGGCAUGGGCAGCCUUUUGAUAAUUUGACAGAAGAGGAGAUGCACGCUGAGCUGUGCUACGCCGAGGUCCUGAUGCAGAAGGCAGCGUUGACGUUCCUGGAUGAAAGCGUCAUCAGCUUCAUCAAAGGAGGGAUGGGAAUGAGGAGCAGUUAUCUCAUUUACAAGAACUGCCAGGCUUUGGAAAAUGUAAUAGAGGAUGGAGAAAAGGAGAGGAGCACACAUAUUCAUUUUCGAGGUGGCGUCAACAUGGGCAUCGGAUCAUUUAAUCUGAUCCUGUCCAUGCUUCCAUCCAGAGUCCUCAGACUCAUGGAGUUUCUGGGAUUUUCUGGAGACAGGGAGUUUGGUUUGUCUCAGCUGAGAGAGGGGGCAGCCAGUAACAGCCUGCGCUCCAUCCUCAGCACAUUGACUCUGCUCAUGUUCCACCUCUACAUGAGCGUCAUUCUGGGUACCGGUGAAGGAAACCUCCCUGAGGCUGAAGCUCUGCUCAAACCGUACGCCGACAAGUACCCCAACGGAGCGCUGAUGCUCUUCUACACGGCCAGGAUCGCUGUGCUGAAAGGGAACUUCACAUUUGCUCAGGAGAAAUUUCUGGCCUGCAUAGCGACCCAGGAGGAAUGGCGACAGAUCCACCACCUGUGCUUCUGGGAGCUGAUGUGGGCGUACUCCUUCGAGCAGAACUGGACCGAGGCGUACCGAUACGCCGACUGCCUCUGCAAGGAGAACAAGUGGUCACAGGCCACAUAUGUAUUUCAGAAAGCCGCCAUCUUAAGCAUGCUGCCAGAGGAGGAAGUCACCAAGACUGGAGAAAAUAUUGUGGCGCUGUUCAGGCAGGUGGACGGCCUCAGAUUAAGAAUUGCGGGAAAAUCGAUUCCAACCGAGAAGUUUGCUGCCAAGAAGGCCCAGAGAUACGCGCCGCCGAAGCCUCUGAAGCUCGUGGUUCCUGCUCUGGAAAUGAUGUAUGUGUGGAACGGCUUCAUGGUAGUCGGCAAGCGGCCGGAGCUAACCGAAGGCAUCUUAUCGACUCUGGAGGCGGCAGAAGAGCAGCUUAGGAGCGAUCCGGAUCCGUCGGAGUUCCACACGGACGACGUGUGUGUGGUCCAGAUGCUGAAGGGUUUGUGUUUGACGCAGCUGGGGCGGCUGGUUCAGGCGGAGAUCUGCUUCAACUUCGUCAUUUCCAGAGAAAAGGACAUCAAGCAUGACACCUACCUGGUGCCAUUUACCAUGUAUGAGCUGGGUUUACUGCACAAGCUGAAAGGGGACAUUAAUACGGCCAUCACAGUCAUUGAAAAGGCAAAGAUGAACUACAGAGACUACAGCAUGGAGUCCAGGCUGCACUUCCGCAUCCAUGCAGUGCUCAACACCAUGGGCUCCUUUGAGGCCAAACUUCCUCCUUCUCGUACGCCAGCUUGAAAGACCAAAAAUGGGAGGAGCUUGUAUAAAAUGGGUGGAGAUUGGACCUAACAUUAUUUAAAAAUCAUCUGUGUCAACUCUGAAUGUUUUUGCUUUCUUUCUUUUUUUUUUUUUUUUUUGAAUCAUAAGUCUUAGAGUUUCACUUAUGUGUAAUUUAUACAUUUUUAACUGUAAAAAUGUUAUUUAAUACAGUGGAAACUUUACAGUGGAAAUACAGUGGAUACAGUGGAUUUAAUACAGUGGAAAAUUUGGCUAUUUAUGCAUUUUUUUGAAGAGCAUAUCUAAAAUAUUCCAGAAAAAAAAACAUCUUGGCAAGCUAUGAGUGAUGAUAGCUGACACACUAUCAGGUGCUAUUUGCAAAGCAGCCAAUCCAGGAGCACCAAAUUGAUGCUGAAUUGAUCCCAAUUAAGCAUCAAUUUUCCAUGAUGCUGAUUGGCUGAAUCCUGAAGAGCGUAGAUAAGGAUGCUAGCUUCAGCGUUAGGGCUAAAAUAGUUUCCAGUGUGUGUAUUCAUGCAAAUGAAGGUAUAUUUGGUGUUUGAGAUAUUGAAACAGGCGGCAAUGUUGAUGUAUUAUGUGACAGUUUACAUUCUUAAUAUUUAAAUUUAAUUUUGUGAGUUAAGAGUAAGUUAUCAAUGCUUUUGACGAAUACAUUUAUUUGUGAUUGUGUAAGGCAGUGAAGUGUUUUAAAAAUGACAAACUGGAAAAACUGUGGAGCUUUUCCUGCAUGUUGAAGUAAUUUCUUUCAGAUGAGUUUUUGUUGAUACUGCUGAACAAUUUUGGGCUGAAACGAUUAAUCUGAUUAACUGUCAUGAUUUGAUUAUUGUAAUAUUGAUUAUUGUUAUUUGCUAAAAGAGUACCACACUCAGAGCAGUGAACUUAUGACGAUAUAUGCGUUUCAUAUCAGUCAGUGGGUGACUAAUCAAUAUUUAUUGAUUAGUUUUUUUGUUUUAUUCAUCUGAAAAGCUGCCAAACUGAUAGUGUGACCUUUCCUGUUUUAUCCAGUUUUCACUCCACACCUUUGUUUUUUCUUUUUGAGCAGUCAUGAGGAAUAGUG